UGGGAUAUGGUGGAGACAGUUUUAAAUGGUGUUUGAAACUGCUACCACCAAGUAUUAUAGUAAAUAUUUUGUAAUAUUUUAUAUAAAUGUACGAGUAAUUUUUUAAAAUGAAGUGGUUAUUUUAUGUGAUUGUGUUCGUUUACUUGUUUUACAGAGCAGUAUAUGGUCUUAAAGAAUCAAAUAGUUUAUAUGUGGAACCUAUAACCUACGAAGAAGAUCUUAAGUAUUUGCCUGUUGGAACGAGAAAAACAAUUGCCUGUAAAGUUCUGAACAGAAAUCAAAAGGUGGAAUGGUUAAAUAAUCACGGAAAUGUAGUUAAGCAUGAGAAUACGAAUCGAGUGUUCUCACAAACCAAGCAUCUUAUGAAUUCCGGCCGAAUUGUUACUGAGCAAGUUUUGACGUUCACACAUGCAGUUGUCGAAGAUAGUGGAGUUUACACAUGCCGAACGGACAAAACAUCACAGGAAGUCGAGUUGUGUGUUAUUGAUGCAUCAGAUUUUGUUAAUACCCCAAAGGAAAUCGCUGUUAAUCAGGGUCGUUCAUACACAUUAUCAUGCGAAGCUAGGGGGCAACCAGAACCCAGAAUUGUAUGGAAUAGAAAUGGAGAAGAUAUAAAAGAUGAUGGCGACGAUUCUUCUAAAUAUCGCCUGAUGGAAAAGUACAAUAGACAAGGCUUCGAAAGUCUACUCACCAUAACGUCCUUGGAAGCUGAUGACCACGGAAUUUACACCUGUACAGCUAUACAAGAGAAUUCCAAGUUAUCGGAUUGUAGUUUGAGUAAAUCUUGGAACAUCACUUUAAUAGUUAAUCAUGCGCCAGUAUUUUUAGAUGGUAAUGAUAUUGAACUGGUGUACGCUAAAGAAAAUCAGAGUGUUGAUUUAGUCUGUAGUGCCAGCGCGUUUCCAAAAUCUAGUUACCGGUGGUUUCAUUACGAAGAUGAUCACACGUUAUUCGAGUAUUCACAGAAGCAAAUUAUUGACUCGCCUGAUACCGGCGAAGCAACAUUGUCGAUAGUGGCGGAUAAAUCGAAUUACGAUAGAAGGUUCUUAUGUAGAGCGACGAACGAACUGGGAAAUAAUUCGAAAACUUUCACUAUAGUACAGAUGGAAAAACCUGACAAACCCAGUGAGGUCAACCUCGUGCAGUCAUCUGAUACCGAACUAGUAUUAAAUAUCUCAUGGUUCGAUAUACAUUUUCCUAUAGAUGGCAUUGAAGCGCAAUAUAUGGUAGUAAGUGGAACAAAUUUAAAAAGAAAAACUCCUAGAGAAGCUGAAUGGAAAAGAGGAAAACAGAGUGAGUUAGUUAAAGUCGACGAUGGUGAAGAAAAUAUAUAUUCAUUGCAAGAUCUAGAGGAAGAGACGGAGUAUUGGAUUCGAGUUCGAACGAAGAAUGAUAUUGGUUACUCACCUUGGUCGAGUCCAAUAUCAGCUUCUACAACAAAAUCUGACACAACGUUACUUAUAGUAACAAUGGAAACAGUAACUGAGAGUGAAACAGAGACAGAUGAAGAAAAACUAGAUGAAGAAACGAAGGAUAAUAAUGAAGGCGAAGUAUCAUCACACAAUUUUGAGGGUACAUUCUAUGGUUUAUUUUUUAUCGGUGGCAUAUUUGUUUUAGGGUUUAUUUGUGUGUUUGUUAUGAGAAUGGUAUAAGAAAGAUUUUAUUAUGUAUAGGUAUAUUUUUAUACUUUGUACAACCAAUAGUAAUAUCUAUUUAUAUAACCGUCUAAAACUAAUCUAGUCUUGCAAUAUUAAAUUUAUUAUUUUGGAUUAUCUCAUAAUCUUAGGUUAUUUGUUGAUAUUAAUACAUAAUUAUUCACUGAAUACACUCAGUAUAUGUUAAGUUGAAUAAACAGUCAAUUUACAUAAUAAAAAAAUAAAUAAUAUCUACUUUUUAAUUUAAAAAUGAAUCGAAUCUGUUUUUUUUUUUACUAUUUGAAAUACUAAUAAUGCGCAUUCAAAUGUUGAUAUGUUGAUGUUAUACGAUACAUAAAAUUAUUUUUUAACGCU